AGGAAGCCUUUUGUUUUCAUAAUAAAUCUACCGCAAAAAUAUUAUCAUUUCGGCAUUGAUUUCGAACGACGAAAUAACGCAGAUAAAUUGUUCGAAAAUGUUCAAAUAUUGUUUCCAAAGAGGUUCCGUUUGGCGUGCUUUGCUGUUUAGUUCUGCAAAGAAUAUAUCAGUCACGCAACGCAACUCGUUUGCAUGCUAUGACAGAAGCCCUGCAAAAAUAUUGGUUCCAACAUGUUCCCCGAAUGUUACCCCUCUUCGCACUAUGUUCAUACAAACGCAGGAUACUCCCAAUCCAGAUAGUCUCAAGUUUCUCCCCGGUACUCCGGUGUUGGAGAAAGGACAAACGAUGGACUUCCCCACCACCGCAUCGUCUCUCAAGAGUCCGCUGGCCAAGCUGCUGUUCCGCAUCGAAGGUGUGCGGUCGGUAUUUUUCGGGCCCGAUUUUGUGACCAUUUCAAAGCACGAGGAAGCCGAAUGGCGUCUCAUUAAGCCGGAAGUUUUCGCCGUAAUAAUGGACUUCUUCGCUUCCGGAUUGCCGGUGGUCAUAGAUGCGAAGCCCACCGAAGACACCCAAAUCCACGAGGAUGACGACGAAACGGUACAGAUGAUAAAAGAACUGUUGGACACUAGGAUCAGGCCAACGGUGCAGGAAGACGGUGGGGACAUUAUUUUCAUGGGUUACGACGAUGGCGUUGUGAAACUGAAGAUGCAAGGAUCGUGCUCAUCGUGUCCAAGCUCGAUUGUGACGCUCAAAAAUGGGGUGCAGAAUAUGCUGCAAUUCUACAUACCGGAAGUCGUUUCCGUCGAACAGGUCACGGACGAGGUGGAUGACGUUACCGAGAAGGAGUUUGAGAAAUUGGAAAGCAAAAUUCAACUGAAGGAAGAUAAAUGAGUUGAUGCGUAUGUGAUCUGUAAAUUAUGAGAAGAUGUGAUAUAUUCGUGGAGUGAAUGUUUAGACACAACGCUUCAUACAUUUAGUUCUAUUUUAGUAGGGUUUAUAAUAUAGUCGAGAUAAUGACAGUGCGUUAAUCACUAUUAAUUGUUUUCAUCACUCAAUAAGCUGCUGCUAAAUCAUGCACCAAGUAAAAGAUAAGUUAGUCCUGGAA